AUGGCCAACUCUCCCCACGGCGGUGUCCUCAAGGACCUUUUCUUGCGCGAUGCGCCGCGCCAGUCUGAGCUUCUUGCUGAGGCCGACAAGCUCCCUUCCCUCCUGUUGACCGAGCGCCACCUCUGCGAUCUCGAGCUGAUUCUCAACGGUGGCUUCUCUCCCCUCGAAGGUUUCAUGACCGAGAAGGACUAUAAUGGAGUCGUCAAGGACAACCGUCUCGCUGAUGGCAACCUCUUCUCCAUGCCCAUCACCCUCGAUGUCUCCCAGCAGCAGAUCGACACCCUCUCCAUCAAGCCCGGUGCGCGCAUCACCCUCCGCGACCUCAGAGACGACCGCAACCUGGCUAUCCUCACUGUUGAGGAUGUCUACAAGCCCGACAGAGUCAAGGAGGCCAUUGAGGUCUUUGGCAGCGAUGACGACACCCACCCCGGUGUGAAGCACCUCUUCAACAACACCAGCGACUUCUACGUUGGUGGUAAGCUCGAGGCUAUCCAGCGUCUUGCCCACUACGACUUCCUCGACCUCAGAUUCACUCCCGCCGAGUUGAGACAGCACUUCGAGAAGCUCGGCUGGAACAAGGUCGUCGCUUUCCAGACUCGCAACCCCAUGCACCGCGCUCACAGAGAGCUCACUGUCCGCGCCGCCCGCUCCCAACAAGCCAACGUCCUCAUCCACCCCGUCGUCGGCAUGACCAAGCCCGGUGACAUUGACCACUUCACCCGUGUUCGUGUCUACAAGGCCCUCCUCCCUAGAUACCCCAACGGCAUGGCCGCCCUGGCCCUGCUGCCCCUGGCCAUGCGCAUGGGUGGCCCCCGCGAGGCCAUCUGGCACGCCAUCAUCCGCAAGAACCACGGCGCCACGCACUUCAUUGUCGGCCGCGACCACGCCGGCCCCGGCAAGAACAAGAACGGCAAGGACCACUACGGCCCGUACGACGCCCAGGUCGCCGUUCAGAAGUACUCUGACGAGCUCGGCAUCACCAUGGUCGAGUUCCAGGAGAUGAUUUACAUCCCCGACCGCGACGAGUACCAGCCCGCCAACGAGAUCGCCCCCGGCACCCACACCGCCAACAUCUCCGGCACUGAGCUCCGCAACCGCCUCAAGACCGGCAAGGAGAUCCCCGCGUGGUUCUCCUACCCCGAGGUCGUCAAGGUCCUGCGCGAGCAGAACCCCCUCCCCGCCCAAAAGGGUUUCACCAUCUUCCUCACCGGCCUGCUCAACAGCGGAAAGGACCAGAUCGCAAAGGCUCUCCAGGUCACCCUUAACCAGGGUGGCGGCCGCUCCGUCUCGCUCCUCCUCGGCGAGACGGUCCGCCACGAGCUCUCCUCCGAGCUCGGCUUCAGCCGCGAGGACCGCGACAAGAACGUCGGCCGCAUCGCCUUCGUCGCCUCGGAGCUCACCCGCGCCGGCGCCGCCGUCAUCGCCGCCCCCAUCGCUCCGUUCGACGAGGCCCGCCAAAAGGCUCGCGAGCUGGUCGAGAAGGCCGGCCCCUUCUUCCUCGUGCACGUCGCUACCCCGCUCGAGUACGCCGAGAAGACGGACAAGCGCGGCAUCUACGCCAAGGCGCGCAACGGCGACAUCAAGGGCUUCACCGGUGUCGACGACCCGUACGAGGCGCCCGCCAAGGCUGACCUCGUCGUCAACCUCGAGCAGCAGACGGUCCGCUCCAUUGUCCACCAGAUUGUCCUGCUCCUCGAGAGUCAGGGUCUCCUGGACCGUUUGUAA